AUGAUCAAUGGUACAGCAGGGUUUUCACUUCCAUCUACCAUAAUAAUCAACAAUGACAAUAGUCCUCCAAACGAUAAUCCUCCUCAUUUAUAUUACCAUAUCGUCUCAAAAAGAUACGAGUUUGAUAUUUAUAUUAGAAGAUUAAACAAUGGUGAUAAAACGGAAAUCAUAUCAAUGUCGAUUGGUAACUGUGAAAAGGUACCACCAGCCAACUUCUUCCCAAGUAGCCUAAAGAGUCUAAAGUUGAUCUUUUCAAGUGAAAAGUCGUUUAUAGCUGGUUUACUUCCAUUGGGUCUGGAAACAUUGGAAUUAAACAACUAUAAUGGCCCAGUAACACUAGAGUACAUCCCAGACACUGUCACUACUCUAACAAUCAACAACAUUGGUCACCCAAUGAAUACCGUUUUGCCUAGUGGUCUACCAAACUUAACGUUUAGACCAGAGUCAGAAUCUCCUACCAUGUAUCCCUCAACCAUACGGUCCAUUAACUAUCAAAAAAGAUAUCAACAUACACCAACUCUAUUCAUCUUGCCAACCUAUAUAGAGUCGUUCUCUUGCGAUGCGGUUGAAGCCAAGACAACAUACCAAAACACAGUAUUCUCACUUCCACAGAUUAUGAUCAUCAACAAUGAUGACAGUCCACUUGCAGAUAAUCCAUUUCACUUUGUUUUGCCAUCACGUGUUGCUCAUUUGACCGCCGGGGUUCAGGUGGACAACUAUAGUAAAUUCAGUUUUAGAUUGGAUACAAUCAUCAAUUACUCAAAUGUACAAGAUCUAUCAAUUAUCAUAAAUAUAUUGAAUUUAUCAAUUUCUAGAUUCGAGGAAUGGAUGGACUUUAGUUUUACUCAUGCCUCUGCUGCUCUAGAGACACCUCUCGAAACCAACUGUAGAUCUUACAGAACCCCAAAAUCUUGCGAAGAACACUUCGAAGACAACGAAUGUCUUUGA